AUGGACGACGCCCAACGUCGUCUUCAGUCUCAUCUCGAUGAAAUGAGGCUAGAAUUUACCCCCGAUCGCCACUUUGUUCGCUGGUCGGCCUCGAACCGCCGCCACCCGCGUAACUGGCCUAUGGUGCGUAAAGUCUACGACAGUAGCUUGAUCAUCUGGUUGGAUCUCUUCACCACCGCAGUGAGCACCGCUGGAAGUUCCGCGGCAAACAGCGCACAGCAAGAGUUUGGCACGGAGCCGACCUUGUCUAUCUUUAUAUUUGUGUCGAUAUAUCUUCUGGGGCAGGGUCUCGGCGGCAUCAUCUUCCCACCUUACUCGGAAGCCUUUGGUCGCAAAAAGCUCUACAUCAUCAGCACCGGCCUGUACAGCAUCUUCUGCGUCCUGGUGGCCGUGGUGCCGUCAUUGGGCCGCAUCGAGGACAUGUUCAAUGCCAAAGAUCGCAUCUGGUUGAUCUUCCUCUGGGCGAUGGUCUCUAACAUGGGUUUGAUCACCGGGCCCAUCAUGAGCACGUACAUCACCGCUGCGCUGGGAUGGAGAUGGGUAUUCUAUGUCGCGGCAAUCGUUCUGGGGAUCACAACCAGCCUUCUUUUCGGCCUGCGUGAAUCUCGCCCAUCGCUGCUUCUCGUCCGUGAAGUCGCCCGGCUGCGCCAAACCACCGGCAUGGACGACCUCCAUGCGCUGAAUCCUGACCACACGCCUGACCUGCGCACCUUCGUCCGCCUCGCCCUCUUCCGGCCUGUUCACCUCUUCUUCACGGAACCCAUUGUCUUCAUGGUCUCACCCUACCCCCCGAUCUACGAGUCGUUCAACUUCUCCGCCGAAUCCGCCUCGCUGCCUUUCCUUGCCAUCGGCAUUGGCCUGAUCGCUGGCAUCCUCACCCGUGUGUGCGACAACCGCAUCCUACAAAACCACCGACGAGACGGCCACCCCCUCACACCGGAACACAAAUUGCUUGGUUUCACCAUCGGAGCGCCUAUCCUCGCCGGCGCCCUGUGGUGGUUCGCCUGGACGAUCCCCCCGCACGUCCAGCAUCUGCACUGGCUGGUCUCGACCGUCGCGCUGGUCUUCAUCGGGUACGCGCUUAAUGAAUUUGACACUGUGCUCGCCGGGUACCUCGCUGACAGCUAUCUGAGCUACGCGGCGAGUGGGUUUGCGGCGCUGGCGCUGCUCCGCUCGUGCAUAUCCGCGGCAUUCCCGCUGUUUGCAUCGCAAAUGUUCAGGGGACUGAGUGCCAACGUCGCGGUCUCGGUCCUGGCAGCCUUGGCGACCUUGUUUUGCGUUGUUCCGCGACUGUUUACGCAGUAUGGAGAGCGGAUCCGGGCCAGAAGUAAAUUUGCCAAGCAUAGUUUGCAGGUGUAUCAUGAUAAUGGGGUGGAUAAGAACGGUUAUUAA